GAAACCAAGAACAUCUUCAUAUCGGAGAAAGACAGAUCAGAGUUUUGGAAACAUUAUGGGACGUACCGGGGGGGGCACCCGGCUUGUGCUGCUGGGCGGCACAACCCUGUCGGUCUGGCUGGAGACGACGCGAGGUAUAAUCUGGCCGGCUACAAAGUGGUGAUCAUGCUACUUAGCUUGCCACUGCAAACGAUACGAUCACUGGAAAUGUGCAGGUAUCCAUACUUCAUCUUGCGGGAAUCUUUAUGCCUCGGAACUCGGACACUCGACCCUGUUUUUCGAGUUGUUUGCUGGUCGCUAAACAUCGCCUUUAAUGGCCUCUUCCCAUCUCGGGCUCCUUUUCCUGGAGAAGCCCUCGAUGAAAAGAGGCGACGAUUACAAGGGCAACGUUUGAGCGGCGGGCCAUACGCCAUCGCCGAAGUUAGAGGCGAUUGGAAGUGGCACCGGGAAUGCUUUUUGGUGACACGUCAUUACAACUCGACGCAGGUUUGUUGCUUCUGCGAAGCAAGCAAAAAACGGGGCCCUUUCUCGAUGUCAAACUUCAAGGAGUUCCACCGCACAGGCUUCGGACAGAUGACAACUGCAGAAUUCUUCUUGAAAUCCAUGGGUCGUUAUGUUUGCCCACUUGCGAUGCUGAAAGGCUUUCAACCACGGAUGAUUUCAAUAUGCUCAAUGCACACGUCAAACCUUGGUAUAUGUGGUUGGGUGAACGCUGCCGCUGCUGUUCUGCUUGCACUGCUGGAGCGGGCGGAGUUCGGCCCGACUAACGAAGACCUUGCGCAUCGGCUGAAGGUGGUAACUCUACGCUUCCGCCGUUGGUGUGCUGCGAACAAGAUUCAGCAAAGUCAACCGUACAUCACCGUCGGAAUGCUGCACCUGGGUGGCUCGACGGCGCCCGAAUUGAGCUUGAAAGCAUAUCAUAGCAGGGUGUUCCUGGCUUUUUUGGCGGUGACAUGUGAGAGUGCUGUGGCUGCACGACCCGAUGACACUGAGCUGGUGCUGUGUUUGGGGGCGACAAGUGCAUUGGCACAGUGGCACCUUUACCUGGAAAGGUGUCCGAGGUAUCUGACACAGGAGCAAGGAUCUGAAAUGGUGCGUCUGUCGCUGAAAUUUCUCACCGUUUACAAGACUUUGGCGAUUCGGCAUGCACUAGCUGGAAGCUUGCGGUUUCCCUUGAAACCGAAGCUUCACUCUUACCAAGAACUAAACUUGCAGAUGACGCGCGAAAGAUAUAACGUGAGAUACCUUCACACUUACAGAGACGAGGACAUGAUUGGGCAGACAAAGUCCAUCGUCAGGGCUGUCCAUAAAGACCUUUUAGAAAUGAGAAGCCUGUGCAGGCUUUCUUUGCGUUUGGCUGCAGCACCUAGGCACUAG